UACCAUCUCCACAUUAUCAGUGUUCAUACGCAAAAGGGAGAUGUGUGAUUUGAGCGUUCUAAAACGGCUCAGUCAGAGUUCAUGACAGUUGGAAAGAAGGCUGAUGCAGGGAGUGUGGAUUUCAUGCUGUAGGAUCUGUGAUAAUUUCCUUGGGGCUUCAAAGAUUGCUCAGGCUGAAAUGACUCUUUCUUUGUAUGAUUCAUGUACGUCGACUAGGUUUAGCUGUAUUGAGUUAUCUUUUGCUCUUAUUUUAUGCCGAAACUCUGAAAUACACAGCUAAUUUGAUUACUUGCCCAUCAAACUGCCAGCUAAAUUAAUUGAAGUUACUUGGUGCAAAUCAAGAUGACUUUCUCCCUC